CUGCUUUCGCCAUGGAAUCCCCGCCCCAAGAUGCCGCAGAUUCCAAACCAUCGGAUGGGAAAUUUCUCUAUCCACAACACGAGCGCCACGCGGGCACUAAUGGCCAAGCUUUACGACCCGCAAUUCUCAAAUGUGACCGAUAUCGAUUGCUUUAGUCAGGCCAUAUUCAAAAGUCUUGAUGACUAUAAAAGGAUGAAGCAAGAUCCAUGGUAUAAAGAGAAAUUGAUGGGCGAUCAUGAGAAUUUUGCAGAUACGAAAAGGAGCAUGAUGACGAUUGGAUGGGUUGAAGAUUUUGUAAAGGACCGAGUAGAAACCGACAGUUUCACGGGCUAG